AAACCAGCCCAGUAUUCAAAAUUACAAGUACUUUCAAACUGUCUCGUUAACCAACGUUCGCAUCGUCGCUUUCUUGAACACCAAACAAAAUCAUUUCACCGACAUGGAUACAUAUCGGAGAGAAUGCGUCUCGUUAAAGGACGAGAAACUAUAUACCCUGGAAGUGUUCGUAGACUAUGUCAGUUUGUACGCUGAGAAAUUGGCCAGGGUCGACCCGUCGGCUCUAGGCGUCGAUAUGCAAUUCGCAGACAUGCCAUUGUUUCGAAUCUUUCAAACUAAUUUCUUAUUAACAAAAUCUGAGAGAGAUAAGGAAAUGACGCGAGAAGCAGGCUUUCGUAAUGUGUAUUUCAACGCCGGGAAAUUGUACAUCUUCGUAAGGAAUCCUGGCGAACUGGUAGAGAGUUUGCGGUCGAAACCAUUAUUAUUGGACGUGUAUAGGAUCAAGGAGAUCCACAUAUGUCCCGAGGAGGUGAUAAAGGAUCCCCUGGGAAAUUCAAAGAUCCCGAUGUCUGGUUGUCUCUGUGAUCACGUAAUGAUGGCGAGCAACGACAUUUAUCAUCUACCCAGAGCGUACCAAGUGAACAAUACAUUCGGUCUCGUGGACGAGGAGAACCAUCCAUCUGGCUACAUAGCCAUAUCGUUACGGUUAACGUGCUUCGGUACCUACACGACCAAUUCUUUCUCUAUCGUGGGACAGAAAAUGCUUUUUAAGAAUAGUGGAUCGUUCAACGAGUUUUUGUGUACAAAAGUGCCCUACGAAGACGAGGACGAAAGAAGAGCAGCGGAGGCCAGUACGAGAUUCUGUCUACCCGACAAGGUGUUCGAGACAAGCGAAUUAGACACACCUCCUAGACCAGUAAACAUAGCUGGACUUGCGUUUGUUUGUAGAGAAUUGUCUAAAAGAGACGGAUUUCCCGCGGAGGUGAUUCCCCCGAAUUAUCCGCCGAAAAUACCGUACAUGGACGUCGAGGAGAGGGAAUUCGACAUUGAUAAAGCACGACGCAAAGGUUUCGACGACAUCAUUCCUGUUCGCCCCGAAUUCAUGAUCCAGAAGAAUCUUUUUUCGGAACGAACUGGAUGCACGAACGUCUCCUGCCCUGGUACCAUUUGUAUUGGGAAAAAAUGCUGUUGAAUUAGAUCUUCGUUCGUUACUCUUUCAAAUUCUUCCGUACAGAACAAUCAAAUCAAAUCAAAUAAACGAUAAGAUUUGUAAAUAAAAGUUCAAACACAUUCUGUGUAGGCAGCCUUUAAUACUGUAUGAUUUUCAAUUUGAAUUUUGCGACACUAGCUGCAAAAUGGCGGAACGCCACCUAACCUCACGGACCAUACUAUGUCCGUGCCUAUUGCCUAACCAACAUAGACGUUAUUUCGUAACACUAAUUCGAGAGUCUCUACCAUCUCUACAUAAGUUUGUAAUUCUGUGCUUUAGAUCAUUUAGAUAGCAUUUUAUCGUAAAGGAGAAGGGGAUUUGUUUAGUUUACGAAACGAAUUCAUUUUCGCUGAUCGUUCAACUUACAAUUCGAAAGAUGUCACUUAUAUACUUGUAAGUGAUGCAUAACUCGAUUCAUUGCGUGCGUAUAUACCUCGUGAAUAUACUGUUUGUGAAGGUUAAAAAUUAAUAUAUUUGUUAGAAUAUUAGUAAAAGUAUGCUAAUGUAAAGCAUAAUUGUGAGGCAUUAUGUACAUUGUAGCAAGUAGUAUUGUUACAUGAACAUAGAAUGAAUCGUACCACGUAUCUUCUCCGUGUACUCCAACUUCAAAUUUGUAACUUUGCUGUGAUUUAUGAGAGAUUUCAAUGAAUUGUUAGUUAUGGAUUCCGAUGAAGAAAUAUUUGAUACACGUAGCUGCUACAAGAGUAAAGUUGCUAUGUCAUCGGUGUCACAAAAGCAGAUCUUAGAUCCUUCUGAAAUAACUAAAACCAUGUUGGAAACUAAACCUUACGUUCGAAGAAAAGAAUCCGAUAAUACUAAUAUUAAUAGGAUCGAUUUACUAAAUGAAAAUAAUAAUGUAGAAGAAUUGUGUAAAGUAUUUUGCAAGCCAGUUUCUGUAAGUCUUACAAAAUUACCCACAUUAGAUGGAAAAGGCCAACCCAUAAAGAAAUUGAGUAAAACUCGAGCUGAACGUAAAAAAAAAAGGAAAAAGAGAUUUAAGUUAUCCAGGAAAAAAUCGCAUAUUAUGCAUGCAAGAAAAAAAACAAAACAAAGUCGGACAUCCGAUCCAUGUGGUAUAGAAGACCAUGUUCAGACACAAAUUGUGGUUGUUCGUAAAAAACGGAUGACUAAGAAUCGUAAGUCGCAUACAAAAAAUGUAUUAAGAAAUAUCAAACAACCAUACAUAAAAUUGCAUAGAAUAGAUGAUAUGAUUAAUAAAAUAGCACAAUCACUGGCCAAAGUAAGUCCUAAUAAAGAAGAUAAAAUAAAUGGACUGACAGCAGAAAACAGAAAAACUAGGAGCAGACAAGAGAAAAAAUUAAUAACACCCAAAAUAUCUGCGUUAACUUUUCACUCAUUGGCAUUACAUACGGACAGAAAUGAUAGUUCUACAACUGAAAGCAUAAGUGGUACGAAUGAAAAUAUACAACCCGGUCAGCAUACUUGCAACAAUAGCAAUACAUUAUGCAACAUUAAUAAUAGGCAGACAUUGAAACGAAGACGUAACGAUACUUUUACUAACGACGGCGCGAAUAGUGAUUUCUGUCAAAUAAUUUCAGAAGAAACAAAGAGAUUAAGACUAGAUUCAUUAAAACAGGAACCAGAAACUUUGAUAAAGAUCAAGAGAGACGAUUCAUAUCCCGACUUAGCGACAAGUACUGCUGAAAGAGGAUAUAUGAUUAAAAUAUCGGCAAAUGUUUGCGACGAACUACGUUUGCUUUCUGCUAAUGAAUUUAACGAUGUAUUUGAAAAAAUUGAGUACGGCAACACGAUUGAAAUAAAUAAAGAAGGUUGUGCUUCCAACUAUGUGCCUUUAGAAUUAAAUCCUGUAAAUACACUAGAAGAUAAUAUUUGUCCAAAGUCGAAAAAAAACAAUUCUACAAAUGUCGAAGAAUCAUCACUGGAAAAUAAUAAAAGUCAAAACCAAAAGCCUGAACUGCUUACUUCGGAUAAAGAUUUAAUACGAAAAUACAAAUUAUUUAAAGAAUUAAGGGUCAGCUUAAUAAAAUUUGAUUCUAUAAAUGGCUCGUCUAAUAAUACAUACUCAGCCAGGGAAAUGGAGCAUUUAAUAGAAAAAUAUGCAAAGACUUUACAGAAAGUUACUUCUGUCCAUACAACUGAACUUCCAUUACUUGAUACGAUAAACGAGUCUAUUGUUGAAAUCGAACAAGCAGAUAAGUUGAGUGGAACUGAAAAGAGUACAUCUGUACCAAUUUCUAGCACGGAAUUUCGGACGGAUGCAAGCAGUGUAAAAUGUAUCGUAGAUCGUCGAAAUGUAAAUGAGAAAUUAGCGAGUAUCGUAAAGCCUGUUUCAAGUAUGUCUCCGUGUUUGAGCAAAACGGUAAAAAUGCAGCAGGAUAGAAGUUUAGAAAAUCCAAAUAUUUCCAUAUUUGGAACAGGCUUUCGAAAUGAUUGUUCCGAAAGAAGAGACGAAGAGAUAGCACGCGGCAAUUUGGAGCAGGAAUUAAUUCCUGAAACUCGUGCGAAUUCAUCUAUUUCAGACAAAGCUUCCACUAAAGGUCCUACAUCUUCUUCUAUAAUUAAAGAUACUGUUAAUAAAAUUAAGUCGAAAGACACAUCAAAUAAAUGUUCUACUAAAUCUGCUAACAAGGUAUUAAUUCCACUUUCAAAAGGAAAAAAACUGAACUCAUUGUUUUCUAAUGAGAAGUUCGAAAAACUACUUAGGAAAGCUAGACUUUCGAAAGCUGUGGAUACUAAGAAAUGUACGCGUUCCGUUGCCAAACCCAGUAGUUUUCAAGAUGAAAGUUUUAUUUCUAGAAAACAUACAUUUGAAACCACGUCGCCUUCUAGUGGUUCGAGUAACAUGUUUACAAUUUAUAAUUCCACUAUAACUUCUCCGACAAAAUAUAAAAAAUCUGUAGAUAAGGAAGAUAGUAAUAAGGGAAACAAAUCCUCUGUUGCCUAUAAAUGCAUCGUUUGCGAUAGUAGUUUUGGAGAAUAUUCUAUUCUGCAACAACAUCUAUCCAAACAUACGCAAGGACAGACGACCCUUUCAUUUAUUUUACCAAAAUUGCCUACAGUCGAAAAUACUUCAGCAGCUGUAAAACAACAAACAAAAUCUCUUUGUUUAAAACAAAAAGAAACAAAUUUGCCGCAGUCUUCGAAUGAAGAAAUACUUGUCGAUCCCGCACCGACGUCUAGUAAAAACGAGAAAAAAAAGAAGUCACUGCAGCAAAAGGUAUCUCCGAAAAAGGAUGUAAAAAUAAAAGGCCAGUGUGAAAAUAGAAUGAAAAACAACGUAUCCAGAAAAAUUAAAAGUUCAAAGUUCACAAACGAAUGUACUAUGUGUUUACAAGUGUUUUCAUCGAAAACUGAAUUGGCAGAUCACAUCUACAUGCAUACAGAAAAUGAGCUACAAGAAGCGUAUAGAAUUGAAAAGGAAAAACUGGAAAAAAUGAACAAAGAGAGUAAUGAGAAAAAGUUGAGUGAAUUAAAAUUGAUCGAAGCAAAGAACGUAACGAACAAUAGGAUCGAUGAUGGUGAAAAAUCGUCGAAAGUAUCUAACGAAAAGGAUAGAAAUUGUUCGGAAUCGUCAGUUAUACGAACGCAUAAUGGUUCGAUAAUGGAAGAUUUUCAGACUAGAACUGUCGCAAAAGAAACAGUAACCAGCAAACUAGAAGCGAGCAAGUCGAUCGUCUUGGAUGGAAGUGAAUGUAAAACGGUUCAACCGUUUCCUGUACAAAAUAAGUCGGAGAAAGAGAAGAUAAAUAAAGUUGGUCAUAUUAGGAAAAAAUUUACUGUAUGCCAAUGUCAUAACAAAUCGGAAACCAGUUUAAGUUAUUUGCAGAUCGAGAUAAUUCUUCUCUGUCACGUUUGCAGAGUAUUAUUUCGAACCAUGGAAUGUUUCGAGACUCAUUAUCGUCUUUUCGAAUACGCAGCUUGUAAUCAGAAUCGUUUGGACAGCAGUCGAUCUCCAUAUUUAUUCUGUGCCAGUUGCGGUAUGUUGUGCAGUUCGGCCGAAGAUUUGCACGAACAUCUAAAAGCACACUAUCGUUUUAAACAAAUGUGUACAAUGGACUUUCGUUGUAACAUCUGUAAAGUUAUGUUCAUUGGUAUCGGAUCACUUUUUUAUGCUCAUUGGUCGAAACAUGUUAAGGAACCGUUUUGGGUAUCUAGCGAACAAUCGUUUCCAAAAACUUGUGUGAUACAUAUAAAAUCAAACGGAGAAUACAAACAGAAUGAAUGUGGUUCGAGCAGAUUUACAGAUACGUUCAUUCAAAUAGCAGAAAAUAUCUGUAGUAAUUGCAGGCUGCCUUUUCUUACCGAAGAGUAUUUAAAAGCACAUAAACUGACGUGUAACGAACCUAACAGAACAACAAAUACAACUGUACAGCCUUAUGUUAUCACGCAGAAGUACCCGAUACGUUUAAUUUGUAGUCUAUGCGGGGGCGUUUACUUUGAUAAAUUCGAGUUAUACAGACACAUGAGAAUCAAACAUGAUUUUGGUUCGAAACCUCAAGUUGUGCGUAUGGUUCUUACAACUACCAGAACUGUAUUCAUUUGCAGUGUUUGUAUGGAAGCAAGCGAUAGCAUGGACGACUUUGAGAUACACUGGUUUAGACAUUAUACGUCUCGCCCGUACCUCACUUGUACAUUUUGCGAAACUAAUUGCAGUAGCGUCAUUUCUUAUUUAGACCACGCCAAAGUACACGGAUCUAAAAUGAAAGAAGAUAUACUAUCCUGCAAAGUAAAUUAUCGGAAGUGUGAUUUCAUUUGCCAGCUUUGCAAUAUCGGUUUCGACUGUGAAAAGAGCUUGAACGACCAUGAAAUUACUCAUAACAUAAUGUCUCGAAUAGUGCAACCUGAGAAUAACGCGGUAUCGGAUCAGAAGAAAUCUACGUUCACUCCAGAAACAAACAAUAUUUUGAAAAUUGCAAAGCUGAACAAAUUGAAUCUCGAAAAACUGAAAGAAAAAUUGACACAGGAGGGAGUAAACAAGGGCGAUCAAGCAAUAGAAAAGAACGCGCACGAAUAUUGGUCACAAUUGAGUAGAAAUAGGGACGGGGAGAGAGUAGUUAAUAUAUUGGAAGAAAACGAAGAGGAUUCCGAAAAUGAACUGGUGAUAGACUUGUCGGAACAAUCAACAGCGGAUCGCGAUCACGCAUCUAUUCCAGCAUCCAAUGUACAAACUUGUACAGUUUCUGAAAAUACCGGAUACGUUGUAACAACUGCACAACUCUCGAAUGGAGCAACCCAGAUCACUCGAAAUGUCGUUUUAUCUUCGAAGGAUACUAUAACUCCUCGAAACGAUACUUUGAAUAAAAAUAUAUCUGAAAGCAGUGUACAAGUUUCAUCCGCUCUUACGAACAAUAGCAAUCAUUUCCAAACUAUUUCAUCCGCAAACAAAGAGAUGCCGAUAACAGCGGAAACAGAUGAUUCCGUGAAACCAAAACAAGGUCUGUUACGCGUAAAAAAUAUUGCUGAACUUAUAGGAAACACGGAUUCCUCGCAUUUAUGCCACAUUUGUAGAUAUGCUUUCAAGUGUUCGGAUGACUUGAUACGGCACGUACUGAUUCAUACAAACCAGAAUCAACAGGAUAAUAAACAUCAAGUUUCUAGGAAUCGAGUUUCAGUUAAUCAAAACAGUUCGCCUAGGCCGUCGACGUCUUCGAAUACUUGGAAUUACGGCACACCUACAAACAGUAAUCAACAACUCGCGAGUACUGACACUACAAAAAUAAACAAUCACCGACUACAAUCGCAAUUGAAUACAAAUCAAGGGAGGUGUUCAAAUUCUUCCCAGCAAACAUCGCAAUCUGCUUAUCAUAAAAACUUGCCACCCUGUAACGUUCUCCAAAGAAUAGUUGUACCGCGUUACUCCAAUCAAAAAAGAAACGAAGCUUCUACAAGAGCAGCAGUAAACUCCGUGGAAGGAAUCUCUUAUCCAUGGAAUAUACAAGCAACAUCUACCAUAUCCUGCUCCGACGAUCAAUGUCAAAAUACAUCGAAAUGGAAAGGAGAUUCAAAUAUAUUUUUACCAAAACUAAACGAAGUUAGUUUGACGAGUAACGAUCAACAUUACAAACAACCUCUACGGAGUACUCCGAAUCAUUCGGAAAUAAACCAUGUCACCGCGACUGUUCUACAUCAGAAUCUUAAUCUUGCUCCUAACGACCUGAGUAACUGUAUUCAAGGGCCCACGCGCAGGGAGCAAAUGGAAUUUAAUCAGUCGGCGAUAGGAAAUAUGUCUACCUCCUUUCAUUAUCAGAAUACCUCGGCCGGCGGAAUGGUAGUCGUAAUUAACGAAACCACGCCUACCGUCUCGACUAUGCCGUCAGUAGAGAUGUUACAAGGACACUUGCACCAACAACAGCAACAAAUUUAUCAACAACUAGUCCACAAUGACCAGUACAUUGAACAACCACAGAAUGUAAUCGAUUAUUCUGGAUCGAACGAUUGCCAGAUGCUAACUAAUCAAGACGGAGCUCAGAUCAGACAAAAUGUUACCACCCACAAAAUUAGUCAACAGUCUCCACAGCUAAUUUGCGCUUACUGCCCGAAACCUAUUAAGUUCAUUUCCGAGGAAUCGUUCAAGCUACACGUACAUUCUUAUCAUGGUACUCCGUGCGAUAUUUGCGGUAUGCGUUUGAAAGGUUUCCGCGAAUUGAAUAGUCACAGAAUGAAACACUAGCUGUUAUAAAAGUUGUCGAGAUUGUAAAGCGCAUUGGAAUGUCAAUGUUUUAAUCUUUUGCGGUUUUUACAUCGAUAAAGUUUGAAGUUUGAAGUAAAUGUUCCGAAAUCGUAGAAUCUGGACCGCGUUGGACACGUUGAACGUGUAUCGAUUAAAAUAUUAUUUAGAUAGUAUAUGCUCGUUUGGUGCCACGCCAACCUAAAAAAUACCUCCUACCUGUAUCAUACUGUUUUCUAAGUUUUUCUUAAGUUUCAUCGAUAUGCUUACUGCCAUUACUACAUAUAAGAAAUUGAAGCAGUUUUGGGCUAGCGAGCAUAAAAUUUGAACCGAAACCAAAGCAUUUUAAAGGAGAGAUAGACGAUGAACAUAUCGACCCCUUGUUGGCCGAUGUGUUUAAAACGAUACUAUUGUGGCUUUUGAAUAUAGCGCCAUAAUCAACGGAAUAUGGAACAGAAUGUUAGCUUUAACUUUGACUUAGUCAUAUACGAGCACAGUUACAUAUUUAUAAGUGAUAUACUUACAAACGUAUAAUGAACUAUAUGGAUACUUUGAAAGGAUCUUGAACGUCGACAUCGAAUGGAUCUUACAGUAUAAUGUGUUGUAUAAAUUAUAUAUGAAUCCUUUAUUCCAAAUGUAGCAUUGUCCUUUUUAAUUUCAUCACAUUGUUUCUUGUUUUUAUAUUUUUUGUUAUUUAUUAUAAAAAAUGGCAAUUUGCUGGACUAUAUAUAACGUGUAAGGAUACACCGAGAGUGAAUCUCUAUUACACAAAUUUCCAAGGUUAGCCGGUUUUUGUAAUUAUUGCCUUUUCAAGCUAACACUCGAACGAAUAGAACGAACAAUGAUAUCAAUUAUUAAAUAUGCUACGUAAAUUAAAUAUUAAGGUAAAACAUAGUACUGUUGCGUAAUAUCUGUGAUGAACAAAAUAUUUUUGUAUCAUUCCAAUGUAUUCAUAAAUUAAUCAUUACCUCAUUGCUCUCAUCCAUUAAACACAUCCGCGGGUCGCAGAAAAAAGAUAAUCGGUCGAAUAAAAUUUUACCCAUCUCCGAAUGGCAGAUAGGGGUGACCGUGUGUGAUCGUAUCGUCCAGAGAAUUUCGCAACAGACUACAACGCGUAAAACUAUUUCUGUUACGAUUUUAUAUGUAUAGAUUACGCGUUUCGUACGCGUAUACAUAUGUUAAUAUAAAUAAGAAUGUUAUGCGUUAUAUUAGUACUCUAGCGAUUAAUACAUAUAUAACUUCUUGAGCCAGCGUUUAUCAAAGUGUUUUCGCAUUUAUCGUUGUCACCUGAAGGUAGUACCUUCGAAAGGUUAGUCGAAAUGAUUCUGUCGAUGGAUUUGUAUAAUAAUACGGAUAAAAUCAUUGGUAUAUUUGUACUUAGUACGGACGGAAUCGUUUAAGUUUAAACCAAGUGUACACCGUACAGGAAUUUUUCUCGGAACAUUAAAACGUAUAAGAAAUGCCACACUGGACUAAAACACUAAUCCUGUGACCAGAAUACGAAAUUCUAAGAUAAGACUGGGACUACCUUACAAACGAUCAAGUAUUUACUUCCAUUUCUAAUGACUAGUUUGGAGACUGAACAAACAUUGAUAUCUUUUUUUUUACAUAUUCAAGUAUUCUGUAUCAUAGUGAGAUUACUUCGAGCAUACAUAUAUAAAUCGACGUUUCAUAUCUAUUCGUACAAUACGCGGUUUUCUUUAAAGAGAAUUUCAAGCAAGACUUAACGUUUCGAUCACUGUUGGAUCAUUCAAUAUUUAUAGCAAUAGCAACUCCCUAAUUAUGUAUUAAUAAUGGUAAUGUCACGCGAAGAUCACUUACGUUACGACAUAUACGAACGUUAAUUUGUAACAACGUCCAACAGUUGGCAUCAAUUUUAUUCGAUUCCCAUUUUUAGACACUUUCCUUCAAAGAAAGUUGAUAGUUUUAUAUUUGACGUAAUAUCCUCUCAAUUUCCCGAAAAUAUAAAUGAUCCUUACGAAACAUUCUAUUUUUAUCGGAUGCGUUCACAAGCGAAGAUGUUGAAAAUGUGAGAGCUCUUUCAACUCCAGACCGAUAUUUGUUACAGUCGGGGUUCGUGUUACUUUAGCAUGUAAUAAGACGAAUAAAUAAAUUUUAUAAAUA